AAUAAAAGUAACCAAUAAACAAAGAUCUCUUGGAGUUCUUCUUCUUUUUUCUCUUUUUUUUUGGGAGCAAGAAUCUCAGGGAUGGCUUUCAAGGUCCUGCUCAAGAGAUUCAAGGCGUUCAAGAUCAAGAAAGUGACAGUGAGAAAGAUCAAGAUCAAGAACACGAACAAUACAGACAGUGAGAGGAUUUGGACAGGAGUUUCGCACGGGUUUCACGCGGUGGAGAGAGACGUCGAAACCGAUGGAUUUGUUCAUGCUCAGAGAGAGCAAGUUGAAGGGCAUGAGUUUUGGUUGUUCGGAGCAUUUGAUCAGCAAAUGGGACCUGGGAUUACUAAAUAUUUACAGUCUCGCCUGUUCGAUAAUAAUCUUAACGAGAACCAAAUUAGGAGAAAAGCCAAAGCGACAAUGAAAAAAGCCUAUGCUUCGACGAAAAUAAAGAUACAAGCACAGAAAGAGAACAAUAGCAGAGGAUCUUCUAGUGUUCUUGUAAUGAAAGGCGAGAGAUUUGUCUCGGCAUCAAUUGGUGGGUACAGAGCAAUAUUGUGUCGAGAUGGAUUAGGGACUCAAUUAGGCUUGAAGCAUCAGAGGAAAGUGAGGAGAAAAUGGGCUGUAUCAGAUAUAUGGAACAUGAAAUGCACUUCUACGAAUGGCGAAAACAAUCCAAAUAAGAGCUCAAAACUCGCAAUCUCUUCAAAGAAGGUGGAGGCAGAGACCGAGUUCAUCAUAUUAGCAAGUGAUGGAGUUUGGCAGGUGAUGAGAAACCAAGAAGCUGUGGACUUGAUAGCUCACAUUGAGGAUGCUCAAAAGGCAGCAGAGUGUCUGGCUGAGGAGGCUCUCAAUAGAAUGAGCAAAUCUGCGAUUCAAUGUAUUGUGAUUAGAUUUCACUGAUAAAUGAUUGUGUUUUAUGGGGAUUUUAAUCUAAUAGUAAAAGGAUGGUUAGAUUAGAAGUUUAACCAAGUUGAAUAUAGAGAGGAUGACUGUUGUAAACUUAUGUUUUGAGUUUGUUUCAAGUAUAAACUUGUUGUAUUAGGUGAACUAAGGCUUUGUGAAUGUCUAAUGUAGAAUAUGUCCUCA